CGUGCCUGCCACUCGGAGGCAGAGGAAAUGAAGGCGAGUUCCUCUGAGUCAGGAGCCAUUAGCCCAAGAAGCUGGAGCGCCCAGCGCCAAGCGCCGUGAGUGCGGGCGCGGGGAGCCGGGGCGCGGAGCCCAGCCUGCGGCCGGGCGCUGGGGGGACCCGAGCGCCGCCGCCGGGCGCCCUGCUCAGGUGCUUUCAAGCUGGGAUGAGCGUCUCCCCCGCCACCUGGCACUCUGGAGCAGUUCUUUAAUCCUCCCAAACCACCCAUAUCCGUCCGGAUUUGUGUCCCGGAGCAGGAUUGGCUCCAGGCCUUUUUCCCCUUGGCACCAUGGAUUCCUCAGCUGCUCUGGCUUCUGCUCCUCCUUCUUCGGCUCCCUCUGGGUCCCGGAGCCCAAUGUUUUCCUCAGGAGCCGACCGAGAGGAGUGGGGACCUAGGUUCAACUGUGCCCCUUCCACUUCUGCUGCAGCCUCCCAGGGGUUGGCCACAUCUGGCCGGAAGAGGAAAGCCAAUUUCUCCAACGACGAGACUGAGACUCUGGUCUGGAACGUGGUUCGGCACUUCAGCGCCCUCUACGGCUCCGAAUCCCUCCGAGCUCACCCUGUGCGGCGGAAGCAGCUGUGGACCCAGAUCCAGAGCCGGGUCAACUUCCUGGGCUACACGGAGCGCUCCAUUGAUGAUCUCAAGCACAAGUGGCGAGACCUUCGGCUGGACGUCAAGAAGAAGAUCACCUCAAAGAAGCAUCCCCCUAUGAACAGGGCAGGAGGGCCUCUCCACAAACCCCGCCUCACUCCCCUGGAGAAGAUGGUGGCCUCUACCUUCUUACAGGCCAGCCAUGAUUCAGAGCCCGAGAUCAUCUUUGACCCCGACUUGUUCUUCCCAGGUGCGUCCAAACAAUCGAUCAUGGCCUUCCAGCCUGCAGUCAGCCACCCCAGCAUCUACAUAGACACCAACGGGCAGCCCUCUUCUUUGCCUGACGUGGAAGGUUCCGCCGUGCCUCGGCUCGCAGUCCAGAGUCCAGACCCUUCUGUGAUCUGUGAAUACAGCCGAGGCGAGGGGCAGAGCAGUUCAGCCGAAUCGGGGCCGGAGCUGCGAACUCCAGAGAUGUCGGCCAUGUCCCCGCCUCUGAGAAACGAGUCCCUUGUCUCCUACGCCUCCAUGUCGGAGGAAGAAGAGCGGGAAGGCCAGGAGGUGGACGGGUGCCCCGGCGCAGCGAUGGGCCUUCAGCCUGUCCCAGAGUCCCAGCUGUCGGCCGAGGAAAGCGCGAAGGCAUCCCGGCAGGCCAUGCUCAUCCGCCGGUGCAAUUCCCAGGGCUCCAUGAGCUCCCUCCCCGAGGAUACGCUCAACCACGUGGACGCUCACGCAGACUGGGCCCACGAAGGGGUCUCCGACCUCCCCUCCUUGGGCAGGGUGCUGGACGCCUCCCAGCCAGAAGAGGAGGAGGGCAGCCGGGGCCCCGAGGCGGGCUCCUUGCCCAGGGUACUGAUGGGGCCCACGUGGGAGAAGCAGCAGCAGCAGGAGGAGGAGCAGCAGCAGGCGCGCUCCCCGCUGCAUGGCGCGCUCACCGAGGAGUCCCUGCCCUCCUCCGCCUCGCCUCAGGAGGACCAGCCCCCUGCCCCGGUGCCGCCCUCGCGGGGCCUGGGCUGCUCUUGGCUGCGGGAGGGCAGGAGGGAGAGCUGGAGGACUAACAUCCACCGCCUGCUGGACCUGGAGGAGCAGUGGGACCAGCUGUACCACCAGGAGCUGGCCAUGUGGCAGGAGGAGCGGGCCACGCAGCGGGAGGAGCGGGCGCGGGACAGGGAGCUGCAGUUCCGCUUGCUGGGCGUCCUGACGGACAUCCGGGACGAGCUGCGGUACCUGCGGCAGGAGCGGGCCAGCGCCUGCCAGAGCCAGGCCCCGCCCGCCGAGGCCGAGGCCGGCGGGCUCCUAGACCAGCCGCCCAAAGCGGAAGUCAGCUUCCCCGGGCCGACCCUGGGCAGCGCCGGCUGGGGAGAGAGCGCCAUGGCCAGCAGGAACCCCUAUGGCAGCCGGGGGCGGGGCCGGCGCCGGGGCCGGCCGCGUGGCUCCGCCUCCAAACACAGACGCCUCUUCCUGACCAAUAGCUAGGAGUGGCUGGGGGCUGUCAUGGACAGUGACGGACACGGUGUGCGGACAGCCCUCCCGGAGUCUGGGGGUGAGCGCACGGGGUGGGCACGCGGCGUGCGCCUGGACAUGGCAGGGCAGGGGUGAGUGUGGUGGGAGGGGGGGGUGCCCGCUACAGAGGCUGCGUGUGUGUGCUGGAGGCGUGUGUGUGGCGGGGGGGAGAGAGGGGACCAUUUGGGAAUAUGCCUGGUGUGCAAACACGUCGGUGCGUGUGUGAGAGCUGGGGAACCGACAAUGCCAGUGUAAGUUUAUGGCAGGUGUGGGUGCAGUUUGAGUGUCUGCACCAGCACCUCUCCGGGGGGGGGGAAGGCGUGUGUGGGGUGGGUGUGCGACAUGUGGGGAGAAGUGUGCGAGCCUGUGGUGUGCAUGUCAGUGAGAAUGGGGUGUGAAUGUGUGGGCUGCAGGCAGGACUGCAGAUAUGUGGGGGGGGGCGCGAAUGCAUGUGCUUGUGAACUUGCAGUGGCAGAUGUGUAAGCAAUGCAUGGGUGUGAGCAUGUGGCACAUGUAUGGGAGAGCUCUGCAGGGCUGGUGUGCAGUGGGAAGUGUGUAAGGCCAUAGUGGUGCGUGUCUGAGUGCAAGUGGGUGAGCAUGUACUGCAUUGUGCGUGUGUACACAAGUCCAGUGUGUGUGAAUGAGGCAGCCGUGUGGCAGGGGGAUUUGUUUGGGAAUGGAGGGGUGUAUGUGAGGGUGAGCAGCCCUGGGAGGCUGUGAUUGGUUGCCAGGGGGCGUAGGAGGGGUGGUGUCCAUGGCAUGAGCGUGAGCAUGUGUGCUUGUGAAGGUGGUGUCUGUCUGAGCAGUGGGAGGGUGUUAGUGCCCAGGAUGUGUGCGCACACAGCUGGAUGUCUGUGGCCAUGGGGGAGAGCCAGCUGUGCUCAGGAUGGCAACGUGUGAAUGCAGGGGGGCAUGCUGUGUGUGUGUGUAAGUGACUGGCUGUGAUUGCACCCGAGAGGUGUGUGCACAGGAGUGUAUGACUGCCCGGCAGGGCACGCUGGGGGCACAGGGACAAUCAGGCAGCGGCGCACUUGUACGAGCAGGAGUGGCUGGGGGUGGGGGCUGAGUGCACGUACGUACGUACGUACGUGUGUGUGUGUGAGCGCACGGGGAGGUGAGUCCGAGCAGCGGUGGGAGGGUGCGUGUCUGUCGUGCAUUUAGGAGAGAUGCUUGUGUUGGGGGGGCGUGUGCAU